AGGAUAAAUAGUGUGAUUUAAAAUCUCUGUGCAAAAAUUUCUAGGUCUUUAUUUCCAUACAAUUAUUAUUGUACCUAAAAGUUUCAGUUUGAUGGUGGUACAUAUAUCGACGCCAUGUUGUUAUUUACUCUUUGAUUUUUCACUUUUUAUUUUGUUAUGGGUUUUCUGUGUUGUGGAUAAAUCAGUGUGAGCAUGUUGGAAGAUGUUCCCAUACACGGAAGUCGAAGUGAUUUCAAGAGCAAACCUCCUACACAUCAAAGAAACCUUAGCUUGGAUUUUAGACAUGUGACGGUGGCAAACGGGCCACCGGCGGGAUGUGGCCAUCAAAGAAACAGAUCCUUGGAUUCCGUUUUGCAAAGGAUACCGGAGGAUAUGACCCCGACGUCGCCGGACGGUGUACCGCUUCGUAUUUUGUGCGAAGCGACUGGCCCCAGGCUUGCAUUACCACCAGAAGUUCCCACUGGUUCCGAUGACUCAGGAAUUCAUACUCCGCCUGACGGAAAUGAUGAAGAAAGACCGCAGCCUCCUGCAGCUGCCAGAUCUAGAGAAAGUCUCGAUUCCGGCAAUCCAGAAGAAACAGAAAAACCUCCGGAUCCUCCCGAUGCGAUCGUCGAACCGCUGGCAACGUCUAGUAGUAGUACUACUGAAACAUCGAAAAAUAAAGACUUUCUUUUAAGACUAUUCGAAAGUAAACUGUUCGAUAUGAGUAUGGCCAUUUCGUAUCUAUUCAACUCUAAAGAACCCGGUGUGCAAACCUACCUAGCUAACAAAUUGUUCUCAUUCCCACACGAAGAUGUAGACUUUUACCUCCCACAAUUAGCUACUAUGUACAUAGAAAUGGGAGACGUAGCGGACGUUUUAAGACCAUAUUUGGUAUAUCGGUGUAAACAAAGUGCGCAGUUUUCGCUUCGACUAGCGUGGUUGUUAACAGCGUUCAGUGGAGAGGCAAAGAGGUCGAGAGCGACGAAGCUAAGAGACUCUAUUCUCGCUGAGGAAAUCAGGCCAGCGGCAAGGAGAGGUCAUCACAGAUCGCAGUCUGACGCUUCGGCGUUAAGGCUGGCUACGCCAUCAGGAAGACAUCUAGGAGACCUCGCGUCCGGUCGUGCGUUUGACAGCGGUUGUCUCUGUGGCGAACAAUGUUCAUGCGGAGCGCCAAGGUUAGCGCCACAAACACAGUUUCUCACAGCUCUCACGAAUAUCGGUCGACGACUGGCCACCGUGGCUGAUAAGGAGCGACGGAAUGGCCGGCUACGAGCGGAGCUAGCGACUCUAGAUCUAAACCUACCAGCCCGAGUCUGGUUACCUUUACAUCAGAAACCUCACUACGUCUUGAGGAUACCGCCUCACGCUGCCGCUGUUCUCAACAGCAAAGAUAAGGCUCCGUACAUAAUGUACGUCGAAGUGCUCGAGACGGAAGGGCACGAACCCCUUCCGUUGCGACUGUUGCCGCCCGCUCCUCCCGCACCGCACUCGCCUCCGAUACGACACACGAAGAGUGAAGAAAAUCUCGUGCCCGAGUGGCCGGCGCUUUCACUUUACUCGGCCCUCGAUGAUGUAGAUGCUGGCGACUGCUGGAGUCACGACGAUGAAGACCUGAGCACCCAGUACGCCGCUAAACCACCGGCUCCCGACAGCUUGUCACAGGUGUCGGCGAUGUCGGUCACGUCGGCGCAGUCAACGUCGUCGUGCGGCUCGCGCGAGUCGCUGGCGGUGGGCGCGGGCGAGGUGCGGCGCCGGCUCGCCGACGCGACCGCCGCGCCGCCGCCCAACGCCUUCCGACACGACCCUGCGGACCCCUCCGCGCUCGCGCUCAAGGAGUCGUGGGAGAGCAAGCUGGCGCGCAUGCGCUCGACGUCGCCGUACGGCUCGCUGGGCGGCUGGCGGCUGCUGGGCUGCAUCGUGAAGGUGGGCGACGACCUGCGCCAAGAGAUGCUGGCGGCGCAGCUGCUGCGGCGCCUGCAGGCCGUGUGGGAGCUGGAGCGCGUGCCGCUGCGCCUGCGCCCCUACGAGAUCCUGUGCCUCGACCGCGAGAGCGGCCUCAUACAGCCGGUGCUGAACUCGGUGUCGCUGCACCAGAUCAAGAAGCAGUCGGGCAAGUCCCUCCGCGCGUGGCUGGAGCUGGAGCACGGGCCGCCCACCAGCGAGGGCUUCCUGCGCGCGCAGAGGAACUUCGUGCAGUCCGCCGCCGCGUACGCGCUCACCAGCUACCUGCUGCAGCUGAAGGACAGGCAUAAUGGGAAUAUUUUAUUGGACAGCGCCGGGCACAUCAUCCACAUUGACUUUGGGUUUAUAUUUUCUAUAUCACCGAAGAACUUGGGUUUUGAGAGUUCUCCCUUUAAGUUGACUAGUGAAUUCGUAGAAGUAAUGGACGGUGAAAGCUCGGACAUGUUUGCGUAUUUCAAGAUACUGAUUCUGCGUGGACUCAUCGCGGCGCGCAAGCACUGCGACCAGAUCAUACACCUCGUCGAUGUCAUGCGGAUGGGCGGGCAGCUGGCGUGCCUGCGCAGCAGCAGCGCGGUGGCGUCGUUCCGCGGCCGCUUCCACCUCGGGCGCACGGAGCCGCAGCUGCGCGCGCUCGUGGACCGCCUCGUGCGCGACGCGCUGCACUCGCUCUCCACGCGCCUCUACGACAACUACCAGUACUACACCAACGGCAUCCUAUAGCCCCGUGGAGCCCUACUACUACACCAUCGCCAUCCUUUAUCCCCCUGAACUCUAGUGCUACACUAACGGCAUCCAGUAGCGCCAUGGACCCCUAGGACUUCAACGACGCCAUCCUAUAGCCCCAUGGAGCUCUGCCUCUCGCUUCUCGAUUGCACCCUUGAGUUCCAAAGAAACCGAUGCAUUAGUCUCCCUUUCGCGGUCAAAAUUAAAAAUAACAUAGCGCCCGUAGUGACCCCUUUUUAUGUUUCUCUCGAACUUAGUUGGACGUCAUCUCCGUAUUUUAAAGAUUUACUUGUAAUACCUUUCGCAAUCUGAGAUAUUUUCGUGAGUAAAUAUAGAACGUGAAGUAGAGUAAAAUAGAAAUCGUAUUUGAUGACGCCGAUUUUUAAAUAAAUUUAAUGUGAAAAUUUUACAAGUGUGUCUGUCGUACUAAAAAUAUAUAUGUUUCGACGUUGUUAAAUGUAUGUACUACAAAAAGUAUUUUAAUCAUUAAUGAAUUAGCGACUAACGUCGCUUAAAUAAGUGAUUAAAAUUCUGUAUUAAAAUAAAAAUUUAACUUCUCAAUGAAAAAAAUAUAAAUGCGAAAACUAUAAUGAUAGUAUUACAUUUACAAUGUUAAAUUACAGUCUGUACUGUCAUAAAAUAACUGUAUAAAAAUCAAUACAAUUAAAAUUUACCCUUCUAGUUUUUUUAUUGUUUUAUAAAAAAAAAGACAUGAAUUUUUUUGACUAGAUUAUUCGUUAUUAUUGACAUAGUUACUUUUUUUAUUUUAGUGCCAUACCCUCCUGAGACCGGACAAUCAGAAUGGUAUGCAAAGAUUUGUUAGACAGUCUUAAACCUGUGUACAGUUAACAAGAGAAUGUAAAAACAGAAAACACCAUCACAAUUGUACUUUUGUAAAUGAAAAACUAAUAGAAACAAAUUAGAAUAAAUUAUUACAAAUUAUACUUCACACAGUAAAGUCCUUCCUCAUAUUCUCGAUCAGCAAUUUUAGUGUUUUUUUUAUUAUAUUAGAUUAACAUAACAUUAUUCGCUCAAUAUUGCAUAGAUGGAAAUACACUUUGACCCGUCCAUUUUAGUAACUUUAGAAAAUCAUGAAGCACUUUUGUAUAAAAGUAUGAAGUUAAUCAACGUAUUGUGUAACAACUUAAAAGGCAAUAGUCGAAAUAAUACAUAAAUUCAAAAAGAAGUACGAAAAACACUUACUGGCUAGUUUUCAUUAUUAUCGUUCAUUAAAUAAAUUUGAAAAUGUAAAUAUUAAGAGAUUGAUAACUUUUGCAAUGAAGAAGACUGAUUGUUUCACGGAUGAAAAGAGGUUAGAUUUAGGUUCUUUAACGAAAUUAAUUUAAGUUUUAUCAUGUACAUAUAAAAAUUGUUUUGAAUAACAAAUUGCGAAUGUGAUUUCUAAAUUUAUUCACAGAUAAUCGCCAAAUUGUCGAUAUGAGAAAACAUGAUCUAGUUAGUAAUCUAUUAUUAUUAUUAAUAAAUGAAUUUAUCGUUGAUUAGAUAGGUAUGCUAAAACACCAAAAUGUGAAUUAAGACCAUAUUUUGACUGGAAAAUGCAAAAUAGGAUUUGUUUUUCCUGUUUAGCUAGACUUUAAUAAGUAAUAUCUCAAUUUGUGUCGAUGAUUAAUCAAUAAUUAUCAUAGAAGUCAUGUGCUACAUCGUUAUCAUAAAACUUUUGUAUUAUAUCAAAUUGGUUUGCAUUAUAACACCAUAAAUUCACAAUCACAAUCGUGUUCAAUUGAAAAAAAUCUUGUGAAGUAUGAAGUAUCCUACCUAAUGAACUUUGAUGUAGUUGGGAGUGUGUUACAGUUAACGUAAUUCUUGGUUUAAAUGAAAUAUGCCACAAAAUCGCUGAUUUCAAUUUACGCUUCCGUUGAAUUAUAUAAAUGUCAUUAAAUAGUUUGAAAAAUGUAAGGCUAAGUAAUUAAAAAGUUAUGCUAAAUGUUCGUUACUUAUCUCGUGUUUGUGUUACACAAUUAUAUUAUAAUUAUGCAGAUGUGUCGGUUUAAAAUUGUAUAUGGUAAAGAUAAAACAAACUUAAGAACGUUAUGUCAUACAAACUGUACACUUAAAUUUCCGAAGUUUAAUAUACCUUUAAAUAAAUUUGGUAAUAAAGUAAAAAAAAAAUCUUUCAGUUUAAUGGUUUUAAUGUUUUAUAAGAUUUUUUUUCCUUCAUUAUUUUGUAAUAUUUAAUUACGACUAUAAAAUUUAACUCGUUUACUUUAAAUAAGUUAACUAGAAUAUUUAGACUGUAAAUAUAUUUGUUUAAUAAAAUAAUGUUUCUCCUCGAAAUUGAUUAUUCAUGUUAUUUAUCCAACAUGUACAGAUAAAUAGAAUACUUUUAUGAUCAAUUACCUUAAUUUUUUAAGUAAUAUACAUAUAUGAAAAUUUU